AAGUAUUUUUGUUUCAUAUGUAUCCGUGAUUUGUACAUCCGGUAUUUUCGUGGAUCGUCAAGUUCGAAACCUGAGAAACCUGAGAAAUACACGAUAAGAACUUCAGAUAAAUGUCACGAAAAUAAUUUAAUUUUUUUUUUCAGUUUAGUGCGAUCAACCUUUGCAUUUUAUUAUUGUUUCAUAACUAUUUUUGGCUGAUCAGAUAUUUUACAGAUCUUCCCAGGCCGGCCUCAGUUUCAGUUUUUGGCAUUUCAACAUUUCAAGGAUCAUUCUUCAGAGCAACGAUUUCUGUGUAAACUGUUUAUGAAGUGCUCGUGGUGAUGCAAGAAAAAUAUUUCCUGCUUGGGGCGUGCCUCUUACGUCACAGCGUGACAGAGAGAGACUGCAUCGAGCACGAAACUAGGCACUGGGAACGAUAUCAGGAUGUGACGUCAGUUAUCGGAAUGGCCGGAGGAGGAAAGUGUUCAUCGGUGUGGGAAAUGAUACUAGUAACACUGUGAAGGGGGAUGUUUGUAAACCAACACUGCACUUAUAUUCAUGUUCUGAGUAUUUCUGUACAGAAUUUUUAAGCAAGUUAUCCUUAACAUUACUGAUGCAAGAUCUUUCAAAAUCUGCUCAACUGAGUUAAGAUUGUACAAGUUCGUAAUAGCUGCUGCACACGCUUAUGAUCAAAAUUCAAGAUGUCUUCGUUCUUCAAACAACUGUUCCCCUUCAUGAAAGUCAAGAAAAAGAAGGAAUUUUCCUACAUUAUUCGUGGAGUUGACCCUAACACUAUUUGGAGUCUUGUUGGUGAACUAGGUGAUGGAAGUUUUGGGAAGGUUUAUAAGGCAGAACGAAAAACAGAUAGUGUUCUAGCAGCUGCCAAGAUCAUUGAUGUUAAAGAUGAAAGUGAACUGGACGACUUUAUGGUUGAAAUAGACAUUCUGAGUGAGUGUAAACACAAGCAUGUCGUGGGAAUGUAUGAAGCUUACUACCAUGAAAAUAAGUUGUGGAACUUGAGCGAGGUCUAAAUGAAGAACAGAUCAGAGUGGUGUGCAAGCAAAUGUUUGAGUGCCUCCACUUUCUUCAUACUCACAAAGUAAUCCAUAGAGAUUUGAAAGCUGGAAAUUUGCUGCUUACAAAUGAGGGCAACAUCAAGCUUGCUGAUUUUGGUGUUUCUGCCAAGAACAAGAAAACUAUACAGAGAAGAACAACAUUCAUUGGGACACCUUACUGGAUGGCUCCUGAAGUUAUUGUAACAGAGACAUGCAAAGAUGACCCCUAUGACUACAAGGCGGAUAUUUGGUCUGCUGGUGUUACACUCAUUGAGCUGGCUGAGAUGCAACCUCCCUACCAUGACAUGCACCCUAUGAGAGUGUUGUUCAAAAUACCUAAAGCUGACCCACCUACACUGCAGUUUAGAAAUAGAUGGUCUAAGGAUUUCCAUGAUUUUCUGUCUCUUUGUGUGGUAAAAUCCCCUGAAAUGCGAUCAUCAGCAGCAGAUUUACUGGAGCAUCCUUUUAUUGUCAACUGUAUUGACAAUAAACCUCUGAAAGAACUUUACAAUGAAGCCAAGGCUGUUGUGAUUGAAGAAUUUGAAGAUCUUCCUGAAGAUAAAGAGAAGAGAGAUAAAGAAGCCCUGAAGUCAGCAGAAUCGACUGAGUCUUUGGACGAAAGUGAAGAAUUGUUUAUCGAAACAGGUUCAAAGGACUUGGAUAAGGAGAAAGACGAGAGAGAGGAGAGUGAGCUGGAAGAAUCUACAGAGAAGGAAAAAGAUUCUGAGAAAGAGGAUGGAACAGAGGAAGGUGAUGAAGAUCUCAAGGAAAAUGCAGAGGUGAAGAAAGAAGAAAGUGACGAAAAUUUAUUAGAGAAAGAGGAGGAAAUUGCAGAUAAAGGGGAAACGAAGGAAGAACAAAAGUCAGAAGAAGAAAGUAAUAAAGAAGAGGGACCCUUGGAAAACCAAGCGGAUGCAGUGGAAGAAAAUAUAGAAGUUUUCGAUGACAAGGAGGUGAAAGAGGAAAAGGAGAAAGAGAACCUUGAAGAAAAGGAGGAGGAAGUUGAGGUGAAGAUAGAGGAAGCUGGAGAGAGGAAGGAUGAAGGCGAAACGGAAAGUCACGGAGCUGAAGAAAAGAGGGAAGAAGGUCAAGCUGAGACGGAGGAAGCGGUUGAGAAAAUCGAAGAAGACGGAGAAACGAAGGAGGAAGUUUCAGAAAGUAGAGGGGAAACAGAUGAAAAGAAAGAAGAAGUUGAAGAGAAACUCGAGGAAAGAAAAGAAGAACCUGAAGUUGUAACAAAAGAUGCUGAAGAUAAAGCAAAUGAUAUUGAAGCAAAAGAAGAGAUGGAAGAUGAAGAAGAAGUUACAACUGAGGAGUCGAAAGAGGAACCCACAGCGGAGGAGGUUGAUGCCGUGAUAGUUUUUAAAGAUAGUAAUGAACCGGCAAAAGUAACACAAAAAGAAGGACAGCAACUGGCAGAUAAGUACUCUACACGCUUAGACAACAUCUUAGACAAGUUAGAGGAAGACGAAGGAGAGUCAGCAGGCGAAGUAGGAGAACCAUCAGUUCCUCAAGACGAAGAAAAACCCGAAGAGGGUGAAAAGCAGAGGGAUGAAGAAACAACGACAGCUCAGGAAGAAGAGAAAUCAGAUGACGCUGAGGAAACAGCCACAAAAGUGGAGGAGAAAGAAACGGAAGAAAAGAACGACGAAGACAAGGACAGUGAACAGACUGAAAACAAAACUGAAUUAGAAGAUGAACAGACUUUAGAUGCAGAUGAAAAGAUUCCCAUACCAAAUGGCCGUGAGAACGACAAAGAACCGUCCAAUCAUUCCAAAGAGAAACCAGAAACUACAGAUGGCGUGGAGGAGAAAAGUUUCAAAACAUUAAAAAGGAUUCGUAAGUAUGAAAAAGAUGGCAAGAUAGUGACGGAGACGACAUCACGAGUUGUAGAUGUGAGUCAGGAUGACUACAGGAAUGCACUGAUGAAAGAACAGCAACAAAGAAAAGUGAAUCUUCGUGAAAUGAAGAUCCUCCAACGCGAGGAACAGAAACAAGGAAUUCUACUUAUGGCCAAAAUUCGCCGUCAGUGGGAAGCUCAGGAACAACGAUUUGAACAGGAGCUGCAGGAAUUGGUAAAGAAAUUUGAGGUAGAUUUGGACACUUCAAGCAGGAAUCAAAAGAAAGACAUAGAAAAACUAGAAAUUGCGCAGAAUGCUGACCUUCGCACUUCCUCACGCAAGAUGAAACAAGACCAGGAAAAAGACCUCAAGAAAUUCAGAGAGAAUCUCAAAGAGGAACUCAAAUUUGCCAAGAAAGAGGUGGAUCAACUGCCAAGGAAUUUAAGGAAGGAGAGUUGGCGAAAGAAGAGAGAUGAAGUAGAAGUCUCACAGCGGCAAGCUGAACACGAAUUUCUAGCCAUGCAACAGGCGGAGUUUGAGAGAUUCACGAAAGAGCUGGUUGAAUUACAUCGUGAGAAGAUGUACGCCAUGGAAAUGCAAUUCCUAAAGGCGAAACACACCCUCAAGAGAGAUCACGAGGGAGAUUCGUGGAAGAUUGAGCAGCGACAACUGCAGGACAGACAUCAGUUGGCCAGAACACAACUGAAGGAGACUUUCUUCCUACAGCGAUCACAGAUGCUGAACAGACAUCAGAAGGAAGUGGAGCAACACAAUCGUCUAACCAAACUUAAGGAAGAGGAAAUGAAGAGACGUCAUGAGAUCGAACGGAAACGGCUUCCUAAGAUACAACGGGAAGAAAUCAAGUCUAAGACACAGCAGUACCGCAAGUCUUUGAGGAUAGACAAGAGAUAUUCAAUGGAUAUUGAGCGAGAAUUAAUGAAAGAGUUUGAAUUGCAGGAACGUAAAAAGGCUCGAUCAGAGUAUGAUAAAUUGUUAUUCCGACAAGAAAUGGAGGUAGAGGAGCUGCGCGUCUCCUCUGAAUCUGCUCUCAAAGAGUUGCAACUGUUACAGAAUGAGAAGCGUCACAUGUUAAUGGAAAGCGAAACUAUGAAGUUAAAAGAACGAGACGAAAAGCAUCAAACCCAGUUAGAAUCCUGGAAAGCUGAACUUGGUCCACGAAAGAAGAUUCUCGAAGAGGAAUUCGCGCGCGAGGAACGUGAACAGCAACUUUUUUAUGCCGGAAAUAUAAGCGAUUACCCAAUCUCCCCGGUAACGUCGAAUAAGGAAUCAGAAGAGGAGCCUGGGGAGAUCCAAAUGGAUGGAGAGAAAACGCCAGAGGACAAUCUUUCUAGUAAAUCAUCAUCCGGAUCUACUUAGUUCAAUGUUGUCUCUAUAGUUUCUGUACAGUUAUUGUUCAGUGUAAUAGUGUUUUUAUUGUUUAAAAGGUAGAUACGUACGUUUUAUUUGUGACAUGUGUUAGACAAUUCCCUGCUGAAAAAAAAAUGUACUCGGGAUUAAUAAUUUGCCAGACAGGAAACCGAAAUAGUUCAAUUGAACGUUUGGUUAGGUGAUAGUCAUUCGUUUAUGAAUCUCGGAAGUCGGGAAAUUAGCUUAGAUACGAAAACAGCGAUUUAAAACUGAGCAGUGAUUGACUCUUGUUGAUAUUAAGUUGUCGCCUAGAGGGCUUUAUCCAAAGAGGAUACUGAAGAUUUCGACAGUUUUAUAGCGCGCUCUGGGUUCUUAUAUUAAAAAUUGGAAAUAUUGUCCUUGAUGUUAAGUUUAACCAGUCGGCCAGUCGUGCAGACACUUGUCACAACAGUCGAAUAGCAAGGGUAGUACUGAGCCAAUCAGAAUUCUUGAGACAUUCCACUUGUCCACACUUGUGCAAAACGUUACAAUUACGAUUCUUGAAGGUUUUACUUUUCGUGGAAUGUGGGUGAGAACUUGAACGAGUUACCAUAAAAACUUAUCUGAAACUGAAGAACCAGUUUCUAAAAUAUGUGUUUACUCAACAUUUAUAUGAUGCGACAGAUCGUGCCUCUUUGAAUGCAAUUGAUAGAUUUGAGUCAAACGUUCGUGUCUUCGCAAAAAUUAUCGGUUUGACAUGCAUUCUUUUUUUUCCAAGUGUAAAUGACAGGUGAUGUGCCUAGGUACUAUUGCAAACUUUUCGGAGACUGGUCCUCCAAACACUGAAAUGAUUCCUAUAGACUGAGUUGAAAAAUGUAGCCUUUUUAAAUUUAUCAAUAGUUUAAAACGCGAAAGGAAUAUCUCUUUUGAUAAGUUUUACCCUCCGCUACUUUUAUUUCAUGUGUGUUGUGUUAUUAUCAUUCAUUGGAUUUGUCUUUUGCUCAAAUAUAUUCUUUGGUUUUUCUUCCUUUUAAUGUGCUGUAACGUGCAAACCUUUUUUUUAAGGUCAAACAAGUCUGGUCGUAUACAUUUUGAGAACAUUUGUAAGGCUUAUAAAUAUAUUCUCUUGACAGAAUUGGCUUUUAUGAGAUGCUUUUCUUUCGCAGUGAGUCUUAUCUUGGUUUAGUCCAGUAUUUGCUCUUUGAAACGUUAUAAUUCCCGUAGUAAUGUCGCUGAUAGUAUUAGGUUCUUUAUGUUCUUCAUCGAAUCGAUGAUAACUUCAUUUCUUGAAGGGAAUCAUGUUUGGCUCGAUGGCGGACUUCUUUUCUUGUUAUUCAUAACUUCACGGCCUGUGAAAUUUUGCCAUACAUUUCCUGUUUAGUUUGACCUUUUCAGACAUCAGUCCAAGCACAUCUCCCUCUUCAGUCUUAAGAAUCCUUACUGCGAUACUUGUAAUGGCCUCUUGUAACAUGUGGCCAUCUCCCACGAAAGAGGUGUCGUAAAACGAUCUUCGCUUUCUAUGAAUAUCUUAAUUUCGAAAUGCUGUCUAUUUAUGAGUGCAGUCCCCUUUAAUUAUAGUUUUUCCUACGUAAUUUAGGUUGCAUAAACCAUAGCUAAAAAUUUGUUAAAGUAAUCCCCUCUAGCAGAGCUGUGCUCGCUUAGAUUUUCAAAUUUUAUGGGAAAUUAAGAAAACAAGAUAAAUAUUUGAAAUAGUCGAAUAAAAAUUGUAAUUAUGA